CACAAAACUUUCCGAGACCGGACCGGACCUAACUGCCGAUGUCUAGCAAGUCUAAAGACCGUAUUGCUCCGAGCGCCAGGAAGCAACGUCGCCAUACUCGCGCGUGAGAGGGAGAGAUGUUAUCGCUGAGAGGCUCAUCACGUUCUUCUGCCAUCUUGAAACCCCUAUUAGCUUUCCAACGGAAACCCGUACUUAUUUCUCCACGAAACCUCUCGCGUGGUAGUCCUAGAAGAAACCUCUGUUUCAGCUUGAAGCCGAGUGACCGAAAUGGACUCGCCUCUGCCUCUUCAACUUCUGAAACUUAUGUCCUCGAUGAUACUCCUAUGUCUGGAAUGGAGGAUGUUCUAGUGAGCUAUAUAUUUGGCAAGAAGAGGGCGACAGAAGUUGCUCACUCGGUAUGGAAACAUGUUGUCAAGAAAGGGGACACAGUCAUUGAUGCCACUUGUGGCAAUGGCUAUGAUACCUUAGCAUUGCUCAAAAUGGUUUCUGAUGAAUUAGGUAGGGGAUGUGUUUAUGCCAUGGAUGUUCAGAAGGAUGCUUUAGUAAACACUAAUACUUUGUUGGAAGAGUCCGUCAAUGCAAAUGAGAGAGACCUUGUCAAGCUCCUGCCUAUAUGCCACAGUGAACUGGACAAAGUUAUUCCAGAGAAGGCCUCCGUGAGGCUUGUUGCUUUCAACUUAGGUUUCCUUCCUGGUGGUGACAAGGCAAUAAUCACAAAGCCAGAGACGACUUUACUUGCGCUGGAAGCUGCAAAAGAAAGUGUAAUGCCAGGAGGGCUUAUAAGCUUAGUGGUUUAUGUGGGGCAUCCCGGCGGAUGGCAGGAAUGGGAGACAAUUCAAGCAUUUGCUUCUGGAUUGCCAGUAGAUGAAUGGGUUUGCUGCAAGUUCCAGAUAUUGAACAAACCAUGGGCUCCCAUACCCGUUUUCUUAUUCAAAAGAUGAUUCCCAGUUGCAAUACUUUUUGUACUAUUUUUUAUUAUCCUUUUUUCCCGACAAAACCAACUAUCUUUACAUGUAGAUCAAGCUUUCGUAUGGUAGAAUUGCUUAAAUCACAGGGCCUGUCUGCAGCCAUUCGUUGCUAUAUAGUUAUGAUGUUCGUAUUUACA